UUUUACUAGCAAAGGAUCUACUGGGGGUGCUGGUCUUGCCGUUCACCUCGAAGAUGGUAAAACUUACACUAUGCAAGAUCUUCACAUGCAGGAUCGUGAACCAGACCCAGAAGAACAAGGUCUAUCUUGCAAAAGGUUCGCUGCAAGAAUGUGCAUGGACAUGAUCCACAGCCAAAGAAUUGGAUGAUCUUUUCGAUGGGGAUGAUAUUCAGGAUCGGCAUCUUAUUUGCAUGGUAUGAGUAUUUGAUCCACUCCAUAAAGACCACGAAGACUAAACUUUCUCUGUUUCUCCAAGAAGGUCCUCGUCUUUCUUCGUAGUACGAAGAGGGAGGAACGUAAGCGUAACCUCCCGCACAUUAUUGAAUUAUUCAUGACAGGCAUCACUUACACUUUCGUCUUCCCGAAAUUAAGUCUAAGGUGAAAGCGAAGUCUUCGAUAACUUCAACUCUUCAACGACAAGCACUACGACGCGAACGCAGUACUUAUCAUAACAAGAAUAAGAUCAAGCACAUUUGUAAAAAAUUAAAAUUUACCUUCGCGGUAUUGGCGAAGUCGCAACGUAUAAUUGCAUCGUAUAUAGAUUCUACUUUGUAAAAUAUAAUUAUUUCGAUCUGUGCCCGUGAGACAGAGGAAGCAGAAGCACACAAGAAUUAGAUUAGAACUAGAAGAAUAUACAGUUACAGGACCAUCGAUGAAGAUGAAGGUCCUGAAGAUGAUGCAGUGUCUGUUCACCCUCAUCAGUGUGGGAAUUCAUCCUGUGGAGGGGUUGCAGAUGUCCGAGAACACAUUUCGUCCACAGCCUUUGGUGAGAGGGAGAGGGAUCGUCGAUCGCCGUGCUCUUGAAAGCGGCCGUCAAACGAGAGGAGCGCGUGGGGAGAACCACAACCGCCUACUGCGGAGAGCAAACCGCGGAUAUGAUGCAGAUCGUGUCGUUCCGCAUACCGCUAGCAGUAGUCGGUGGCGUGAAGACCAGCGGGAAGCAACACGAGAACAGCAACAUUUGUUGUCAGAAAAUCCUGACUGCAGCGCUAAGGACAAAUUUCGAAACGCGAAACUUUGCCGGUAUUGCAUUUGUCUAUAUGCAGUGUGUGUUGCUCUUCCUCCUUGCUGCCCACAAUUUGUUCAUUUUCCAUUCCACAUCAACGGCUCCUCUGCGCGAUAGUUUGUUACAUCUUCAUCUUGCAAUUUUAUGCACGAUGAAGGAAAGCAUCGACAUUCAUCUUCGAAGUGUCUGUCUUAUGAGAUUGUGACUAUCUCCUCCUCACAGUCACAAGUAUUCUUUCAACAGGUACCAUUUCGGAAGCGGUCAGCCGUGUAGGCAUGGAUCGGAUGGCGACGCGUGUGUGUUUGCGCAUAAGAUCAGCGAGUUGGACAAAAACAACACCUGGAAGACGAACGCGUGUUAAAGUUCCAAUGCUGAUAGCUGCAACCAGAACCAGUGUAAAGCGAACCGGGCUCCGCAUGACUUGCCCCCAUACCUCAACCAUUUGUUUUGCGUUUGGGCGCACCCAAAUUUGGAAGGCUCUGUCCGCGUCCCCGGCACCUCGAUGUUGGCGCAUUAUCGGAGCAUUCUUAAGGAAACGCGAAAGAACAUCAAGAACGAUGGAACGAUUACCAAAGAAUACAAAGACUUCUUGCUUCAUUUAUCGGUGGCAGAUUUGUUCUUGGUCUUGUCAGGAGGAGGAGGCUCAUUUUAUUCACUGGCAUGAAGAUUUUCUGCUACUCUGUGAUGAAGAUGUAGUACUCAAGCCAGAUUAUGAUUAUGUCUGUGCAAUUAGGAGCGCCGCCAGCACUCCCUGGCUUCGAGCCCAGCUCGCGGACGACUCAGCGUCAAGGUCAACAUUGGCAUCUCAAAGUGUUAUUGCUUGUAGUGGCGGACGAGGCGGCAGAUUAAUGCUUGCAACAGCACGCAGAUGACCACGCACGACCCAUCAACAACUACAACACAGUGGCCUACAUUUAUCCGGGUGGUCGGGCCAUGAUCGUUCGUGUAAUUCUUGGCCCCCACCACCUGCUCCUGGUGUGCUCCUACAGCCACAGCUGACUUCUCAUUUUGUUCCUAUCAUCCGCCUCCUGACAAAUAGAACACAAGAUUGCACAUGCAUAGUGUUACAUAG